AUGCCUCUCGCGGCGCACGCGGGUAUCAGCGUGACGCGCGCGCCGCUCCGCGCGCGCCUCUCCUCGCGCGAGUGCACUCGCACCGUCGCGCGCGCGUUCACCUCGCGACCGAACCGGCUCCGGCGUCGGUCGCCCCUCUCGCUCCGCGCCGGUGCGGCGAGCGAUGAACCGGCGGAGGAGUGGACCAACUCGAACGACGGCUUCGACGAGGGGGAAGCCAUGCGCGGCGCGCUGGACAACCCGCUGUUCAACGACAACUUCAAGAAGGCCUUCCUCGAGGCGCAGGAGCGUCUGGCGGAGGAGCAGGCGCCGAUGAAGGCUCAGAUCAAGGCGGAGGUUGACGAGAUCAUGAAGCAAGUCGAGGCCGAGAGAAAAGUCGAGGAGCUGGAGAGCGCGCUCCCUCUGGAGGAGGAGGAGGAGGUGGCGCAGGAGGUGGCGCAGGAGGUGGCGCAGGUGGAGGCUGAAAAAGCUCGCGAGGAGAUCGCCACCACCUACGCGGACGCCCUGGACAACCCGCUGUUCAACGAUGACUUCAAGAAGGCGUUCAUCGAGGCGCAGGCGCGGUUGGAGGAGGAGCAGGCGCCGAUGCGAGCCAAGAUCAACGCCGAGGUGGAGGAGAUCAUGCGGCAGGUGAACGCGGAGCGGGAAGCCGAGGCGCGCGGGGAAACAUACACGCCGAGCGCGGACGACCCGCUCAGGGCGCUGGACGCGUUCGCGGGUGCGAUGAGCGGCGCGGGCGGCGGCGGCGGCGGCGGCGGCGGCGCGGCGAGAAAACCGCAACCGCCGCCGUCCACGCCCCCGCCCCCGUCGCGAGACGAGAUGGCCGCCGCGGCCGCCGCGGGUCUCGCGGGCGGGGAAGCGCCCGUGGACGUGAGCAUCCUGAACGAGAUGCUCAGCGCGAGCGACGGCCAGCUCGCGUCGCUGCGGACAGCGCUCGCCGGCGUGGAGAAGGCUCUGCGCGCGGAGGCGAUUCAGAACCAACGCAUUCGGCUCGCGAUUGACAAGGCCAAGAAGAUGGCCAGGUACGCGGAGGCUGACCGCAUCGCCGCGGAGAGACGCGCGGAACAGGAGCGCCUCGAGCGCGAGGGCGAAGGCGGGUGA